CCAGCCUGGGAGCGCUUGACCUCUCCGCCCCUUCGAAUGUCCCGCCCCCUAUCUCCGCCGGUCCCCACCCCACCACCCGCAAUAGGAGCGGACUUGGGCUGGAGCCGCCCUUGGUGACGGUCGGUGGCUUGGCUCCAGUGCACGUUCGGGCUGUCUCGCAGCCUUGGCACCUGUCGGACCGUGUGUCUCGGAAUUAGAGCCCCUGACUCCGUUCUGGCCAGGGAGGGUCAUGAUUUCCCUGCCUGCAGCCCCUGCCACCAACUGGCCGCUGUGUUUGUUCCUGGGGCUCAGUACUCUCGCUUACCCCUCAAAGGCCCAGGUGAAGGUGCACAUGCCUGCUGGCCUCACCACGUUGCGCGCGGUAGAGGGAGCAGAUAUGGUGCUCCCGACCUGGUACACUCUGGAAGGAGAGAAGUUUGUGGUCCGGCCGUGGGAAGUGCCCCUUGUGAUUUGGUUCCUGGAACAGAAAGGGAAGAAAGAGCUAAAGCAGGUGCUGUCCUACAUCAACGGGUCCAUCUCAAGCAACCCUGGAAUAUCCCUGGUCCAUUCCAUGCCCUCGCGGAACGUGUCCCUGAGGCUGCAGGGCCUCCAAAAAAAAGACUCUGGCUCCUACAGCUGCUCCGUGAAUGUGCAACACAAGGGCCACGACAGCAAAACGGUGGAACUCAAUGUGCUGGUCCCUCCAGCGACUCCAGCCUGCAGUCUCCUGGGUGUGUCCCAUGCGGGGGCCAAUGUGACCCUGAGCUGCCAGUCCCCGAGGAGUGACCCUGUGGCUCAGUACCAGUGGGAGCGGCUGUCCCCAUUGCCCCAGGUCUUCUUUCCACCGGUUUUAGAUAGCAAACGUGGGUCUUUAAAGCUCACCAACCUUUCCACUUCUAUGUCUGGCAUCUACCUCUGCACGGCCCAAAAUGAAGUGGGCAGUGCCCACUGCAAUGUGACCCUGAAAGUAACCACAGGGUCAAGAGCUGCAGUGAUUGCUGGUGCGGCUGUGGGCACUCUGGUUGGAUUGGUGCUGCUGGUUGGGCUGGUUCUCUUGUACCAACGGCAACGCCAGGGCAAGGUCCUAGAGGAUGUAGCCAAUGAUAUCAAGGAGGAUGCCACUGCUCCCCGGACUCUGACCUGGUCCAAGGGCUCAGACACACUCUCCAAGAAUGGAACUCUUUCUUCUGUGACCUCAGCACGUGCCCUCCGGGUAUCUCAUGCCCCUCCCAGGCCUGGCACUCUCACCCCCACGCCUAGUGUCUCUACUCAGCCCCUGCCUUCACCAAGCCUACUCAAGACAGAUGGGGCCAGCCCUCAGCCUGUCUCCCCCAGCCCUGGUGGAAUUUCUCGCUCUGCUCUGAGACGCAUGGGUGCAGUGAAUGUGAUGGUGCCUGCCCAGACUCAGGAUGGGUCCCUGGUGUGAUGGCUUAGACACUCACCAUCUGGUGUCUUGCCUUCCUGUAUGGGUCAGCCCUAGUGCACAGACCUGAGCCCUUGGAGGGCAGCCACAUUUCAGUCUUCUGACCUCACCUCUCUUCAUUGUGGGAAAACUGGGUCUCAGGAAGACCCAAAUAUCCAGGAGGUCAAAGGAGAAGAGGAAGCAGACCUGGGUUUGGGGGAAGCUACACUCCUCCUUAUGAAGCCAGCUGAAUGCUGCUGAGAUUGGCUAACCUCCAUGGGCUCUGGAGAAGACUGCCAGGAUCUGUACCUCACCCCUAUCUAAUGCCAUCCUUUGCUGCCACUCCAGCUCCUUGCAUUUUAAUGUAACCUGUCCUGCUGGCCUGGUUGGGUUUCUUGGGGCAGAGGCUAGGAAAGGCAUU